GUGAGGGGGGUGGGAGGGGGGCUCGCGGGGCGGCGGCGCUCGCGGUACUGGCAGCACAGCCUGCUCCUGCAGUGUAUGCCGGCGCGCCGACCCGCGCGCAACUCUCGCUCGCUCCCGGCCUAGCUUAUCGUUCGCGACCGCUCCCAGCCUAUAGCCGCGAGCACGCCUGCCUGCUGCCUACUGCCUGCCGCGUCCCGCCGCGAAUCUGCAAUCUCCACUCAUGAGCAUGGUGCUAUCUGCGUGCGUGCGCGCCUCCUCGCGCCCUUACUGUUCCUCCUACCAAGAGUCUGGCGAGUUAAUAAAGUCGCCAUCGCCGCCGCCGAGCCACGAUGGGUCGGCGAGUGGCGAGGGCGAGUGCGAGGGCGAGAUGAGCGGCGACGAGCGGCCGCCCUCCCCCCCGCGCGCGCCCUCCGCGCCCCUCCCUCUACCGCACGCGCCGCACGCCGCGCACGCCGCCGCCACCGCCACCGCCGCCGUAUUCGGCGGAGUCGGCGCCGGCAAUGCGCUGGCGCAGCUGCAGCACCUGCUGCUCACACAGCACGGCGCGCACUCCCUACUGCUGCACACGCAGGUGCAGCAGGCCGUGGCGCAGGCGGCGGCGCAGCAGCUGCAGCAGCUGCAGGCGCGCGCGGGCGCCGCCGUCGCCCCGCCCUCCUCCACAGACGGUCGGUCUCCGUCGCCGCGACGCACGCCCCCCGGCGCGGGCGCAUUCCUGACGCCGCACACGCCGGGCUCGGGCCGCGCGCGCUCGCCGCACCACCACGCGCACGCACACGCACACACACACACACACGCGCACGGACACGCACACACGCACGGACACGCGCACGCGCACACGCCGCUGCACGCGCACGCGCACAAGCCGCGCGCGCUCGAGCCCGCCGCCGACGACACCGCCGACCUCGAGGAGCUCGAGCACUUCGCCAAAACGUUCAAGCAGCGCCGGAUAAAGCUUGGUUUCACUCAAGGCGACGUCGGUCUGGCGAUGGGCAAACUGUACGGGAACGACUUCUCGCAGACGACGAUAUCCCGGUUCGAGGCUCUCAACCUGAGCUUCAAAAACAUGUGCAAGCUGAAGCCGCUCCUGCAGAAGUGGCUGGAGGACGCGGACUCGUCGCUGGCCGGCGGCGGCGGGUCGGGCGCGGGCGGCGCGGGGCUGGGCGCGGGGCUGGCGGAGGCGGUGGGGCGGCGCCGCAAGAAGCGCACCUCCAUCGAGUCCGGAGUGCGCGUCGCGCUCGAGAAGGCCUUCGUGCACAACCCCAAGCCCACCAGCGAGGAGAUCGCCGCGCUCGCCGACGCGCUCUGCAUGGAGAAGGAGGUGGUGCGCGUCUGGUUCUGCAACCGGCGACAGAAGGUGAGGGCCCGCGCGCGCGCCGCCGCCGGCGCUCCCUACGCCGCCCUAGAGCCGCCGCUAACGUGUUGGUUUCGCUCGGUGCAGGAGAAGCGCAUCAACCCGCCGGCGGGCGAGGCGGGCGGCGUGGUGCUGCCGCCGCCGGGACUCGCCGCGCACUCGCUGCCUCCGCCCCUCGCGCACGCGACGCACGCGACGCACGCCACGCACGCCACGCACGCCGCGCACGCGACCCACGCCGCGCUGCUGCAGCCGCUGGCGCUGCUGGCGCGACCCCCGCCGCGCGACUGACGCGCGCGCCCACAUAUCGACCUGUAAAUAGCCGACGCAUCGCAAUAACAGUGUACAGACUAGUUCGUUAGUGUAUAUAGGUGUAUAUGCGGGGGGCCGCACCGGCCCCCCUGUCUGUAAAUUAGCGUGUAAGUUUAUAUUAAUACGUGAAUUUUUAUUUAUAUCCGUUCGUCGACGGCCGCGCCCCGGCUCGCUCGCCCGCGGGCCGUCCCGUCCGCGCCGCCCCGCGCGGCCCCGCGCCCCGGGCCCCGGGCCCCACGGGGCCACACGCGCGGGGCCGCGCGGGACGCUCGCGGUGUACAGAGCUCAUAUCAGUUAGCGCAUGACGCGUAUGUGAGGUGGAUGUGUAGAAAACUAUCUAUAUGUUAAAAAAUAAAACAUGAUAGAGACUAUAUAAUUUGGAAUGUGUUUCAUUUGAAAUGUCAUUUGCAAAAACUAGUUCAAAGUAAAAGAAAACUCAAAGUUAUUAGUUGAUUUUCCUUCUUAUUUUUAUCUUUUUAACGUAAAAUAAAGAUUUGUAUCGUUUUAAAAAGUUUUUUCGAUCAUAUUUUAAAGGUCUGACUCCCGAUAUAUUGAAAGGAUUUUGAAUUGAAACAUUAACAAUACCUAAGGAAAGUGUAUUUUAAAACUUAAAUAGAAAACUUUACAUUCUUCAUGUCUUGCCCAUUUUUUUACCUUGGUACAAAUUAUUUCAAAAAAUAUCUAAAAUUAUUGCUAAAACGACUUACUUGUCCAAAUCUCAAACAAUUUCAAUAAAAAUUGCUGAAAAUCUGAAUUAAAAUUGCGUAAUUGUCAUUAACUGACUGAUGACAGCUAAUACUAUUACGCUUAAAAUCAUUUCCUUGAUAGUGAUUGGUUGUAUCAAAACUCACGUAAUUUUCAUAGCUAAUUGUUAUUCAUUUAAAGUGGACAUUUACCAUAAUAUAUUAUCUGAGUUGCCAUUAAUUUAAAUGUUUUAACGACAUUUUUAUAUAAUACAAGUGAACAACAAAUUCCAUUUAUAUUUUAAAUGAAUUCAGCAUAUUUUUCUACACAUAAAUUUAUGCAUUGCACUUGAGGUACAAAAUUGGGCCACGUGAUGACUUGUUUGUUCUCUUACCUUACCUUAGGAUUAAUCUGGAUGAAUAUGACUAUUCUUGAAAAUGUCCUGAUAAAUUAACAGUAACUAGAAAACAUUUUUAACUACGGUAACCGUGGUCGAAUCGCUCACAUGUUUUUAGAUGGGCCGCUAUCUCUAGGUUCGAUCCCUGGACUAAAUCUAAAUCAUUUUUGAAGGAAUAAAAUAACUGCCAAGAAAUAUACAAAAUGCAUUACAGUCUUUCGUGAUCCUACAGCAAUUUAUAUUUAAAGUGAUGGUUUCUGCUGUCUCUUGUCGUGGUCGCUUCACCUUGACACUAUUCCAUUAUUUAUAUAACAUUCUGCGAGAUGAUCUUUUUAUGAAAUCCAUCAUAUUAUAAUAAUGUGGCCAUUCAAGUUUCUUGCAUACAAUACAUAAUCAGAAGAUCGUCGUAUCAAAUCAGAAGUGACUUACAUCAUAAAUAAUUCAAAUGGAUAAGGAAUUCCAAAAAGUUGACUAAUUUUACUUUCAAAACGAGCGAAACCACUUUUCAAGCCUUUCGACCGGGUGACUCCAGCCAAUAACCAAGAUGUAUGUAACGAUGUGUAAUGUAUAGCAAGAAUAUGUCGAAUAAUAAAUAUUUUCAUCAUAACGACGCAAUUACGUUAGAUCACGUAAGUAUAUAAGAAUAUAAAUGUACAUCAAAACUCCAAUUAGAAAAUGUCAAUAAAAAAAUUGGGUUCGAAGAAGAUAGAUUUUCUUAUUGAGGCAAGGGCCAAUAAAUCAGAGUGGGUGGAAUUCGAAGCAAUGAUUUUACACCACUAUAAUAUAAAUAUAGGCCAUAACAUAGAAUAACUACAAAGAAUAUUCAGAACUAAUUACUACUGAAAACUUUCGCAUAUUGUUGUAUUCAUAGUACUGCGGCUCAUAUUUCAGCAAAUUGCUAUGCACUAGGACACCAACCGUCCUUCUUUAAUUCUUGAAAUGGGGAGGUCAGAUACUAUCACUUUGAUGAUUUAAUUAAAUGUUUGUAACUCUGCCGUACUCAUUGAUGUACCAAGUCAGUGAUUCCCAAAGUGGUCUAUAUCGACCCCUAGGGGUCUAUGACAACCUGCAAGGGUUCAGCGAAAAAAAAUCAAUAUCAGGUAAGUAGGGGGUCUACCCAACACGGAAAAACAUAGCAAGGGGUCUACGACACAAAAAAGUUUGGGGAACUCUGUACUAAGUAAACUGCUUUUAUGAGUUAUGGUAUAUGCAUAUAUAUAACACUAUCAUAUAAUAUGUUGACGAUUUUUGUUGAAUUUCUUAGUUAUUAAAAUUCUUAUAGUGCAAUCUGAACAAAAUUUUAUUUUUUAAUGUAUAAUUUUAUUGAGCAUGCAUAAAGUUACUUGAUUUAUAAAUCAAAAUUAAGUUUUACUACAAUAAAUGCCAGCAUGACACAUAAGAGGA